AUGGAAUCCAACCUCACCAAAGCCAUCGUUCACAACGAAGGCUGUGACCUGCACUACUUCUACCAAGGCCAGGGGCCCCUCAUUACCUUCAUCCCCGGCGGGAACGGCCACGGGCGGCAGUUCUUCAACCUCAUGGCCGCCCUGUCCGACAAGUACACCUGCGUGACCUUCGACCGCCGCCAGAUGUCGGCCAGCCAGGUCAAGGUCAACAAGAAGCUCAGCCCGCCGCAGCAGGCGCGGGACAUCCGCGCCGUCAUUCAGGCCAUGGGCUUCGCCAAGUCCAUCCUCUUCGGCAGCAGCAGCGGCGGCCUCUUCGCCUACACCUUCGCCCACGACUUCCCGCACAUGGUCGACCACCUGAUCGCCCACGAGGCCCCCACCACCUCCCUCCUCCCCGAGGCCUCCGACGUCUUUGAGCAGUUCCUCCGCCUCAUGGAGCUCUACCAAACCGAGGGGCUGGAGAAGGUCUCUGCCGCGUGGAGCGCUGGGCUGAUUGGGUACGACGACGAGGGAGUCCCCAAGACGGUGAGGCCGGAGCCCGGGAACGCGCUGAAUUUCUGGGAAAACGAGUUUCCCUCGCUGCUGGGCUAUACGCCCAACUUCUGGCGCAUCAAGCAGAACGGUACUAGCAUCGGCGGCUUUGAGGUCGAAACAAAGGAGUUCCUGCCUUCCUUUUUGAACAUGUUGGACAUCUUGGAGAAGAAGAGGCAAGAGGCGGCGUCGGGAAACUGA